AUAGUAGCCUCGUAGUAGGUCGCAGUUGGAUCGUGCCUCAGCUAAUAUUGUGCUUUUAAAACUAAUGUGAUAUUGAUAGGUUCCGUUCAAUACUUCGUUACGGUUGGUUAUCGGCUUCUCAAAGGCUUAGCCAAAUCGGGCUCGAUUACCUAUAUUUUAACGGUUGGAUCACGACAAAAGCGUGCUAUACUGAGUACUUAUAAAUUACCAGUUCGAGAGCUUGUAACACAGCACCUCCCUGCGAUUGGAAAUACGCAUAUUAUUCUCUAAAUAUUGACUUAAACUGGGCAGUUAUACGCAAAUUUCGAUUAAGGACCACGUCAGUCACGUGUUGAUUGUAACUUGUGAAAAAUUGGGACAGAUAACAAUGGAGGUAGAUAGAUAGUACAUAAAUAAUAGCAAGUUGCCUCCACGUUAGUUUGAUCCGAUAUUUCAAAGCGAAUGAUGUCGUAAAUAAAUUUAUAUUAGAAUUUUAUAAAUAAAGUAACUUCAUGUGUAUUGAAUCCUUGUGUGAGAUUAAGUCAGUACAAACGAUCAGAUAAAAGUAAACGAAGCUGAUAACAAAAGUAGUAAUUUCCGCGAUGUGCUUAUAAAAUCGAUUGCAAUCGAUCCUCAUCAAUAAAUCAAGUUUAAAUUCCGAUCGAUCAAUACAUUCCUGACAAGAAGACUAUCUGUCGUUCAACAUGGAAACCACAGCUUUCUAUUUACCGAUAACCGAGUUGCUAAUUACAGUAAUUACCGCUCUUGCCGUUUACUAUUUAUUGCAAACCGUGAAAUACUAUCGAAGUUUACCGCCCGGUCCCUACGGCCUCCCGUUCGUCGGCUACCUGCCCUGGAUAGUGGGCAGCAGCGCCCCCCAUGCGACCUACCUAGAUCUGUCGGCGCGGCACGGGGCCGUGGUCUCGCUCCAGCUGGGAAGUAACCUGCUGGCGUGCCUCGGGUCCACCCGGCUGGUGCGCGAGCUGUUCGGGAGGCUCGACUCCGUAGGACGCCCGCACACUCCGCUCAAUAAUUUGCUUGAAGGACGUGGAAUAGUGUUAAGUGAAGGAGAUCUAUGGAAGCAGCAGCGUCUUUUUCUGACUCAAAAGUUCCGCUCACUUGGAGUGAAAUACUGGGAAAAACAGCGAUUUGAACGGUUCAUAAUGGCAGAAGUGGCAGAACUUUCCGCCACCCUGGAGAAGUCGGCCGGCGCCGCGGUGGAUCCCACGGACAUAUUGGGCCGUCAUGUCCACAAUGUCAUUUGUCAGCUGAUGAUGGGGUUCCGCUUCAAGGACGGAGACCCUGAGUUCAGCAGGUUCAACGACAAGGUGGCGGAGGGCAUGCGGCUGUAUGGAGCCAUUCAUAUUGGAGAGCAUUUGCCGGCAUAUCUCAAACUCCCAGGCAAGGCAGCGGCGAUCAAGGCGAUCCAGCGCAACAUGCGAGACGUGAGGUCCUUCCAUCAGCAGCACGUGGUGAGGCGCCGCCAGCAGAGGGACCGGGCAUCAAGCGGUGAAAACAGGGAGCCUGAGGAUCUACUGGACUGUUACCUCGAUGUGCUUGACGGUCAGGAUGAACUGGAGUUUCAAAAAACUUUCCCAGGCUUGACUAAAGCUGAUGCAGCUUGUCAAAUGGUGCAAGUGAUGAACGACCUAUUCUCCGCCGGGAUGGAGACCGUUCGUACCACGCUGGUGUGGGCCCUGCUGCUCAUGCUGCGGGAGCCGGGUGUGGCGGCCCGGGUGCGACGGGACCUCGCCCGGGUCGUCCGGCCAGGCGCACCGGUCACGAUGGAACAUAGGAAGCACUUGACGUAUAUUGAAGCUGUCAUUUUUGAAACGCUGCGCAGGGUUUCUGUGGUACCGCUCGGCACUACGCAUGUGAAUUUAACCGACUGGCACGUAGAAGGCUUCAGGAUCCCGGCAGGCACGCACAUCAUACCUCUGAUCAACAAGAUCCACAUGGACCCCGACUGCUUUCCUGACCCUCUCACCUUCAACCCUGACCGCUUCCUGCACCACGGAGUCUUGCAGACGCCAGACAACUUCAUCCCUUUCGGCCUUGGUCGAAGGAAGUGUCUGGGAGAGGCGUUGGCGAGAAUGGAGUUGUUUCUCUUCUUUGCUAAUGUUAUGAAUAGCUUCGAGCUCGAGCUGGUGAAAGGAGACGCGAUGCCAGGACUGGAUGGAGUGCUGGGGAUCACUCACGCGCCGCACCCGUUCCGACUUCGCUUCAUCAGUACCGCGGUGGCUGACAGAGAUAGUACAGAGUAAUAGUUAAUUUUAUACUACUACUACUAUUAUUUCAUUCACGGAAUACAAAAGUAAUUAUUAUGAAAUAGGCUUAAAUAUUCGUUUUAACAAUUAUUAAAGUAAACCGCAAAGUAUUAAAAUUAGGAAGUUCCGCCUAAAAAAAAGCUGUGAUAUCUUUUAAUGGUUAUGGUGAUUUUGGAUAAAACUUUCGACAUUAGUAUAUUUUACCUAAUUUAGAUUAUUGGCCACACUUUUGAUAGUAGGUAAUGUAGGUACCACUAAGUAACUUAUAAAUCAGUAAUCGAAAAUUUAAAUGGAAUGAUUUUAACGGAUCAGUUUACCGGUAUGCUGACUAGUAAGAUAUGUAGCAUAAAAAAAUCUUCAAUUUAUGCAUAAUCAGCGUGGCAUAAGUAGCGUGACAUGUUAUUAUAAGGCAUUUUACUGAUGGUAUACAAUAAUAUAAAUCUAAAUUUAUUCAAGCAGAUACAUAAUAAUAUUAAAUAAACUAAUAAUAGAAAACUUAUAUUUAACUAGGUAUAUAUAUUUACAAAUGUUGGUGGCCCUCUUCUGUUGCACCCCACCCAAAGGUACCCAUAAUGCUGGCUGCAUUUCCUCUUUGUAUCGCCAGGGAUAACCUUUGGGUGAGGUACGCAAGGCAGCGUCGGUCUUGGCCGCGUUCUAUCAACCUGCGAGCGAUUUGUUUAAUGAACCGCUUCGCUUCCUCUCCCCACACUCCCGUGGUUUCAAAUGCUACUGGAAUGAAAAUGUAUGUGAACUUUAGACUAUUGUAUUUGGUGUGUUUGUGGCGGGCUGCAUUCUCGGCUGCCGAGCCGGCCUGACGGAUGGUGCCAUUAAUGUGGGAUGCGGCGAAAGUACUGACACAUGUAGCGUCCCACAGGAGGCAUCUUCCACGUUCCCAUGGCACCAGUGUCAGGCCGUCCGGACGUUUUCCAUCCAUUUUACUGAUAUGAUAAAUUAGGUUGGUGGGGUUCUCAAUAUCUCUUGUGUCCUGGUAUCUUUAGGUAAAAUUAAGUAAGUUUACAACACCGAACAGUGAUUAACAUAAAUUCAUAUCACUUAACCGCGUGUACUUAAUUCUGUACAACAAUAAUGCCUUUAUAUCAACAUUGUUAACGAUCGAAUUUUAUUUUUGUUAUGUAAUGGACUGCCCUUGAGUGAGGAUAUAGAAUUAAGAAUUUGGCUAGAAGUGUAAGAUUUGUUUUUUUUAAAUAUUCUUUUGUUUUUAACC